CAAUUUUUUUUAUAUAUUUUAAACCUUCCUUUUCUCUUCUUUCAAACAGGUGCUAUUUCCAACGACUUCGCAAUACAUCAGCAUUCCCAAGCUGUCUGAUGAAGAGGUGAUCCAUAUCCUGGAUGCGUGUCUCUCAUAUCGCAGACGGCAGUUGACACCAUCACAGAGGAAGGUCGUUGAAGCCGCAUUCCAGAGGUGUCCGCUUCCACUCUUCCUCAAGAUGUCAGUCGACCAGGCCUGCCAGUGGCGGUCGUUCACCCCGGCUGACAUCACAGUGUUGCAAUAUACCAUCGGUCAAAGCAUCAAUACUCUUUUUGAAAAAAUCGAAAAACUUCACGGGAAAAUAUUCGUCUCCAAGGCACUGGGCUAUCUUACUAUAAGUAAAUCUGGGCUAUCAGACAGCGAACUGGAGGAUGUGUUGUCAUGUGACGAUGACGUAUUGGAUGAACUCUUCACUUAUUGGACCCCUUCUAUUCGCCGAUUACCUCCCCUUCUUUUAGUCAGGCUGAAAAACGAAUUGGGGAAUUAUUUAGUUGAUCGUGGUGCUGAUGGUGUCCGGGUGUUCUUCUGGUAUCACCGUCUGUUUCUGGAAGCUGCUAAAACUCGCUACUGUGUAAACCAGCGAGUUAGCCAAGGCCUGCACGCCGGUCUGGCAGAUUUCUUUGCAGGUACCUGGGCUGAAGGACUGUCGAAACCCUACAAGGAUUCGAAAGGAGCGUCUGGAACGGCAGAUCGUCACGUGGCAGCCCAGCCAAUCAAAUUUGAUGAAAUUUAUAAUCUACGAAAACUUAACAAUUUACCUUUCCACCGAAUUACUGCAGGGCAGGUGGAUUUAGUGAAGAAAGAGUGUCUGUGCAAUUUUGAAUUCAUCCUAGCCAAGCUCAAAGCUGUUGGAGUAAGACAGGUUCUGGACGACCUGAUCGAGGCUCACGCCAUGUUUCCUGACGAUCUUCAGAUACAGACGGUGUCGGAGGUCCUUCAGCUGUCUCAGACGAGUCUGGCGUACAACCCCGACGAACUGCCUUCCCACAUCAUAGGACGCAUCAGACGUACAAAGGGUCUCAAGUCCCUGGUGUCUCAGUGUCAGAAGGCCCAGCAUGGCUUCCUGCUGCCCAACCUACCCGUGCUCAACCCUACAGGCGGCCCGCUUCUGCACUGCCUGGCAGAACACACGGCCGAGGUCACUGGCAUUGACAUGAUGUCAAGCGGCAAGAAAAUGGUCACAUGUUCAUACGACAAUUCUGUCAAAAUCUGGGACGUCUCAGCUGGGAAGCUGCUACAUUCGUUUGAUAACGUGGGUGAGAGACCUUCGAAAGUGAUGAUCUGCUACAAAAACACCAUUGCAUGUGUGGAAACAAUGAACUCCUUGAUAGCCUUCGAGAUUAUGACGGGAGUCCAGCAGCGAUUCAAACUGGACCUGAACAUGGAGAAAUCGUGUGUCUGUAGCACUGGGGAAAACAAGACAAGACUGGCCAUUUUCAGCGGGACUAUUUUGAAACUGCGCAGCGCGAGGACAGGAAAACAGCUGGGGCAGGAGGAAUGUUCUUUGUUGGAAACUGGGGAGGAAUUUGGACAAGGGUGUGUCUGUACAGGAUGUAACACAAUAAUAGCCAUUUCGGUGGGCAGCAGAGUUAUCCUGUACGACUUGCCAGCGACCCAGUUCUACGAGGACACGAUUCACAUUCCUGAAGUGGACGAGACUAUUAAGGAUCUAGUGACCUGCAUGGCGUUCUGUGCGUCUGACAAGCGCAUUGUCAUUGGGUGCGGAGUCUCCGUGACCUUUUACGUCAUUGAUCUUGCAGACAAAACCAUUAUACAGUCACUUCCAGGAGUAAAACAUGACCGCAUGGCAUCCUUUGUACGCGUGACCAACGACGACCGGUACCUGAUAACGGCUAGCUGGGAGAAAAUCGUCAUCUGGGAUUUAAAGACGUCAUCUCGCUACCCGGUCCUCAAACACCCGACUCGGGCCGUCACCAACGUGGCGUCGGUCGACGGCAACAUCAUGGCCACCAUAGCGAGCGACGCCGUGGUCAGACUGUGGGAUCUCUCGCGCGAUGACGCAUCCAUUCAUCCAGGCAACAACGGCUUCAUAACUCCACGUGACGAAAAAAGACAUUCCGCAAGCCCCAUUGAUAGUCAGCUAGUUACGCCGAUUCAAGAGAUAGAUGACGAUUUCCAUAUUAGUGAGAUCUACGUCACCACAAACCCGAGAUAUGUUCUACUCUAUGGUAAGGUCGAUCGUGAUGGCGUAAAGACACAGAUUCUACGAGUUUACGAUUUGGGAACAUGCAGACCUAUAAGACAGCUGAAACUGGACGAAGGUAAAUCCAGCUACCAGGUUGUCAUGGUUGGAGACAGACAGACGCUGGUGGUGGAGUGGACGGGAAGAGUCCGACUCCUCGAUCUUUUUAUUGCCAAAUAUGUGGGUCAGCUUUCAGAAUACAUUCCACAAAACUCCACCUUGCCUCAGGACUUGGUUGUCCUUACAAAUACUUCAGAAGUUCUGAGUUUAUCUGAAAACCGGCUUAGCAUCAAGAUCUUCUGUCUGAAAACAUGCAAAUGUACUGAUACAAUCGAUGCUGGGAAACCAAAGAAAAUAACCGGAUUUGUUAAAAACGCCGCCGAGAGCACUCUAGUGGCAGCCACGUUGAAGGGCCCCUAUCUAGUGUUCGACUUGACGUCACGACGGUUCAUCUACCAUUUCGAUUCAGCCAGCAUGAACGUGAAGAACUUUAACGAGUCCAAAUUGACAGAUGACGACAGGUAUCUGGUGUGUCGUGAACAGUCUGGGGACGCCUCACAGCUCGUCGUCUGGGAACUCAAAACACGUCGUGUCCACGUUAGGCUAGCCACAGACGCCUAUGAGUUGGACAAUAACAACAUAUCAAAUACGAUUAGUCUAAGAAAGUUUGUCAUCGUUGAUAACAGAACCGUGCUGGCAUCUUACAGUGACGACUCGCUACGAUCACAUGACUUGAGAUCAGGACAACUGUUGCAAGAGGUAAAGAUUCGAGGUGGUGUCUUGUGGGUCAGUCUGCGGCCAGACAGUCAGUACGUCUUUACCUACAACAACGUCAUCGACGACAACGUCAUGAGGAUCUGGGAUAAGACCACACUUCAGUGUCUCGCUUCAUAUUCUCCUGACUUCAGGCCUGUCGCGAUCACCAUGAGUCAAGAUGGACACUGCGUGCUGGCCAGUUUCCGGCAGAUGUCCACUCCGAUCAUCUGGCGCAUGUACUCCAUGCCACGUCACACAUACAAGGCGGUAGACUGGAUGAAAUACCCAGAGAUUUAUGGGACCACUGACAUAGAGACUAAUUUGAGUGCGUCGGAAGUGGAAACCACAGUUACAACACCCGUGUCUUCAGUAACUGACGUGUCUUCCCAACAGACGGAAGCUACAACAUUGGUCGCUGAAGAUACCGAUGCGGAGACGGAACCCAAAACACCACUUCCUGAUGACAAUAUUACCCAGACAGAGACCAAAUCGACGACUACUGAUGAACGUAACACAAAGACAGAAACCAAACCAGUUGCUGACGAACCUACCGAACAGCCAGAAGUUGGUGCUAAUAAGCCAACUGACUGUAAAGCUGAAUAGACAAAGAGUCGUGUUCAAAAAUUUGAGCGCCAGCAGACAUUCGCUAGUCUGGUUUAGGUCGCAAGUGCUCGCCCUCUUGAACAGUGCACAGGCAAUCGAUUGCUAAACUGGUUUUGUUGUUCAUGUUAAAUCGAAUGACUGCAUAGACAACUAGUCAAAUCUGUCACUAACGUUAGCGUUGCUCCUUAUAAGUGCCUACAGGUCUGAUAAAGAUAUUAUGAUAAAUGAUAUUAAACGUCCUUUAAUAUUAGUCAUUAAAAGGACUAAUGGGUGUUGAUAUAUACAUAUGUAAAUAUUUUUUCUUUACUUCUGAUAGAAUUGUUCGCUUUAGUGACAGUUAACCAUUGAAAAUAUGAAUAACUUGUGUAUUUAUUUACACAGUUUUUCAACUGAAGGUGGUGCUUCACAAGUAUCAGGUUUUGGGUCUCAUGGUGAAAAUAGAACACCAACAAUGUUGGCCACAUAAAUAUGUAUAUACGACUUUAUUAAAACAGCUUUUGUUUGUAGUUUACAUUACCAAACGAUGUUAUAGCAUGAUGAAGCGAUCCAGUAGUUUUAUAAAGCUGAAAUGAAAUUAGUAUGCAUAUAGUGUAAAUGUUUAGUCGAAUUCAGUAUUUGUAACACUAAAACUGAACAGCUUUUACAGCUUACUGAAGCACUUUUGAUUUAAAUAUAUUGUUUUGGUGUAUUCGUGCGCCAGCUCCUCUUAUAGUCAAUGAGACAGUUGUGAUAAUACGGGUGUAUUUUAAAACAGUUUGCUGUGAUGUACUUGGUUAUGAAGGUACUUAUAACUUGUGCCAAUUUUUAAAUACUUGAGUGAUACUUUUCUCGAGGAAAAGAAACUGUUACUUUCAUUCUGUACGUAUUGUAAAUACCAGUAUUUAUCUUUUAUAUUGUACAAAAUAUGAUGUACAAAUAUAUAUUUUUAAUAUUAGUAUAUAUAGAUUGUAUUAAUAUAAUGAUCAGGAAAUAUAUGUGAUUUACUUCUAUAUUCUGCUGCACGUGUCAUAUCUAAUAUAAUGGAUAAGGUCUGGCGGCAGGGGCGGAUCCGGAGAGGGUGUUGGGGUUCACUUCUCUGUCGGAGCUUUGAAAUACUCCCAAAAUCUAGUGAGUAAUGGUCGAGUAUAAUGAAUUUAUUUCUUUUCAGUAGGGACGAUGUAAAAUGUUGGUCGGCUAGGUGUUAGCUUGGAACGCAAAACCAAAUUGUUUUAAGCUAUCGCCCAACCCACCCCGAUUGGUCCUAUUGUCAUUUAUGCCAUAUUACUUAAUGUUUAUUCUUGUUCUUUUAUUUCCGACGCCAUAUAACCGUAAAUAAAAUGUGUCGAGUGCGUCGUUAAAUAAAACAUUUCCUUCCUUGUUCUUUUUAUUAGUGGUAAGCAAAACUGUGAUAACUUGUUAAUUUAUAAUCAGUUAGUUUACAUGUAUGUUGUUUUCACUGAUAAUAAAAUUCAUAUUUUAUCUUU